UCACUGAUGGAGUCUGAAGAAACCAGUGAGGGAGGUGCCACUCCCCCAGGAGCCAGCAGCAUCACUGGGGAAGCCUGGGAUUCUUCAGCCGAGGAAGGAGAGCAUCAUGCCACUCCCACAGCAGCCAAAAUGAGCACCAGCCCAUCUAACUCUGCAAAGGGAGCAGAGCUCAGCAUGUCCAAGGACUGCCUUGCUGCUCCAGGGAAAGCAGCAGAGAUGCUGGGCAGACCCUCUAACUCUAUGCAAAAAGUGCCAGCAGGACUGGAACAAGGCCAAGGGGAUGCAGAGCCUCAAAAGGGACUCUCAGAACUGGAAGGAGAAAUGCUUUUAGAGGAGGGUGGACUGGAUUAUUCUCUGAGACUUAAGCAAUUGGAACUGGUUGGCCUGAAAAGCAACCAGGACCCUUCUUCUCACAGCAGAGUCCCCAGUGAGCCAGCCCCUGGCAGCCCCUUCCUGCUGGCUGUGAACCUCAGCACUGAUUUUCCUCAGUGCCAGGCAGAACUGGCUUUCCAUGGCUCAGACCCUCAGGUCCAGCAAACAAAAUCCCCUUUGGCUGAUGCCAUUUCCUCUCAGAGAGAGACACCUAAGUGCUUUUUGGUGUGUAAAACUGUUUCAGAAGGGCAUUAUAAGGCUGAACCCUUUCUGGAUAACAUCUCCAAGGAUUCUUUUCAGGAGGUUGAUGCUGGUGUAGAGCAGGAGCAAAGCACCAAAAGGUUGGCACCAGAUGAGCAGCCUACCUCAGAGGGAGCAGUAGAAAACACAGUUAAACCUUACACUUCUGAAGAUGUUCAGGAAAGCUUAAGAGCACCCCAGGGUUUGGAAGAGAAUACAGAAUCUUGCACUUCACAUCAGCUGUCUUCCACCUUAACACGUGACAGCCAAAUGAGUUCACUGCAAGCAGAAGGAAACACCUCAGCUGGUGAAACAGGGAAUACCAGCAUGGUCAAAGACCAGGGAAUGGCUCCUAAAGAGAACUCAUCUGCUUCCAAAUGCUUUCAUCACAGAAAAACUGAGGGCAGACCUGCCCCAUCAGCAGAGAGUGCUGUUCAAGGAAAGAGUACUGCUAAAAGGACAGAGGAGGUGAAUGUUUCACAGCAGAAGGAGCCAGCUUGGGAGGAGGCAGCGUCUGAACUUCAGCAAGAGGAGGAGGAAGAGUGCAAAGAGCAGAAUUUGCCGGAAGAAGGCAAACCUUUAGAGCUCAAAGAUCAGAAAAACAAGGAACAAAAUGAGCAGGAACAACUGCCGAGGGAAGUGCUCAAACUAGAAACUCUAUCAUCAGGAUCAGCAUUUCUUCCUGGGGAACCUGUCUCUGUGGACCAGCAUCCUGGUGAGGACGUGCUACUGAAAGCUCAGGUCACAGAAGCAGGUUCUGGAUGUCAGCCACCUGCUGUCGGGCCUCUGUCCUCAAAUAACCUGAACCCAGUAGGGGAAGCUUCACACCUGUGCCAUGUCUCUGACCAGGCAGAAGACCUGGAGGACUCUGGCAGCUUUUCUAUCAGCGGUCAAGAUAUUGGAGAAGCUCACUGGGAUGACAAGACAGGACUGAGCAGGGAGAAUGAGCACAGGGAUGGUCAUGGAAAAGCUGUCCAGAUAUUUGAUAUAAAAGAUGCAUCACUCUGUGGAGGGGUGACAGCACCUUUUAGUGCAGAGAACCCAGAGGCUCUUGCUCCAGCACACCCUUCCUCUGGUACCAGUAACUUGGAGCCACUUGAUCCCACAGAUCUUCAUCCCAUUGCAGGAAAAGCUGAGCAUUGGGACUUCACUUCAGCUUCCCCCUCAGAGCUCACCUCAGUGAUGUCAGCAUGUGUUCCUGAGCAGGAGGGUGCCAGAAUAGCCUCUGUGACCCCUGAGCACUGUCCUGGCACCAGCCUGAAUGAGCUGCCAGACUCUGCAGGGAAGCCACCUAACCAAGCUGCUCCUGCAAGAGGGUGGGACCCAACACCAGCAGAAACUGCUGUUGUAAGGACAGAUCCAGGGGAGGCCAAAACUUCCCAUGAACUUCUUACUUCUGAGGAGGGCUUUCAUGAGGACCUUAGUGGCCCAUCUUCUUUCUCUGUAAUGUACACAAGCUCCCUUCCUCUACAUGGGAACUUUCCUGGGGAUAGGAGGUCUGUGGCUAGUAUUGCAGGGCCUCUGGAAGCAUCCCAAACACCAGGAAGGACUUCUACUCCCCUGAGCCACCCAGAGACAAUUCAGCAAAACUCUCCCCAAAAAAGUGCCAUUACCCAAGGAAAAGAAACAGGAGAAAAUGUGGAUCAUAAAGCACAAGUGCCUUUAUUUGAUGAGUGUGACUGUAGUUUAUACCAAAAAGAGCCUGGAUCCAGAAUUUCCAGUGUCCUGAGCACCCUAACUUGGCCCUCAGAAGAUGAUACGGUCCUUGCUGUGAACCAGCAAGGGCAACCUCUGUCCCUUGUGUCUCACUCAAGCCUACCUCUGGUGUCUGAGCCUGAUGCCAAACAGCUUCCUCAUCCUCCUUCCCACGUCCAAAGGCCCAGUCAAGCUCAGGCCCCUGCACUCCAUGGAAAUCACCUUGCUCCACCUCCAGCCCCUGAAGGUUACCAGCCACUGGCUCCUGGACCGUGCUCCAGGCCCCCUCUCAGCUGUGGGAUGGAUGAUGGUAAGAUGGGAGCCAUUCAUCCCCCUCCAAGCUAUCCUCUCCGGACUGCCACCUCUGCUGAUUCUAACUCUGUGGCCUCUGCUUCUGAUGGAGAAAGUCUAGCAGAGAGAGAUGGCCUUGUUCCAGUGAGUGGAGAGUGGGAUCUCAGUGACUCAGGUCCCCCUGAUACAGAGACUUCUGAUGACUCAGGGGUCAGUUUGCUGACCAAAAGUUUUUCGGCUCUUGGAAACGAACCGUUGGUUGGCUGCUCUGACACCAGCCCUGAAACAGCAGAUCACCACAUGGAUAUAGAGAGUGGAAAAUCCUCACCUGACCACCCUUCUUGGCCCUCAUUGGAAGAAGGCCUGAUAGCAUCCCCAGACUCCAAAAGCAGAGACUCUGCACAGCUCCUUCCAAUGCUUGCAUUCACCAAUCCAAUCCACUUCCUCCAGCUCAGCCCUCCAUCACCGCCGACCACCAGAACAACCUGCCAGGACGAGGAGCUGCGAUGGGAGCAGCCCACGGGCAGCUUCAAUGUGGACACAAAGAACAUCCAGGCUCCACUGGCAGUCACAGAGAAAACAGAAGGUGAGAGGAGGGUCAGGCAAAGGCUGGAAGGAAGAGAACACCAGCCAAAGGGAGAAAUGGCCAAACAUCCACCCUUGGAAAAAUCAUCAAGUUGGCCAAACAAAAAAAAUACUGGGGUAGCUGUGCAGGAGCCAGCAGUCAAUCAAGAAAACCCGAUUAAAAGCCGAGUAAAAUCCAAAGACUGGCACCGUCAGGGCCUGAAGAGGAUGUCAGUACCACCAGACAUCUUGCAGCAGGUUUCUUCUGUUCCUUCAGAGGAAGAAGCUCAUAAGGCACACAGGGAACCAGCAGUCAGCUCAGAAACAGUUACAAUGCGAGAGAAGAAACCUGCAGAUAAAACAGAGAACUUCAAGCGCCGGCACUCCAAACUGAUCAACUCCUCAAGAUUGCUGUAUCAGGAGUACAGUGAUGUGGCUCUGAACAAGGCCAUCCAAAGCCAGAAGAGAGUGGAUUAUCCAGAGGAUAUAGAGUCAAGUUUCCCAAGUUCCCCAAGGCUACGGAGGAAAGUGCUGCCUCCCCAGGACUCAUAUUUGCAACGUCUGUCAGUCUCAUCUAAUGCAUCCCUCUGGCAGGACAUCCCCAUGAUACGGGGCAGCAGAAUACUGCUCAACAUGUCCCGUGAAGAGCAGAGGCUGCAGGAGGCCAAGUUUGAGUUGAUAAUGUCUGAGGCUUCCUACCUCCGCAGUUUGAACGUGGCAGUGGAUCACUUCCAGCGCUCAGCAGAGCUCCAGGCGAUGCUCACCAACCAGGAGCGCCAGUGGCUCUUCUCCCGCCUCUCCGAUGUGCGCGAUGUCAGCGCCAGUUUCCUCUUUGACUUGGAGGAGAAAUUUGAAGAGGACAUAUUCAACUUCCAUGUGUGUGACGUGGCUCUGAAGCAUGCCCCUGACUUCCGCCGGGUGUAUCUGCCAUAUGUGACAAACCAGACAUAUCAGGAGCAAACCUUCCAGAGGUUACUAAAUGGAAAUGCAGGGUUCCAGCAAGUCCUGGAGAGAUUGGAAAGUGAUCCAGUGUGCCAGCGCCUCUCACUUAAAUCCUUCCUUAUCCUCCCCUUCCAGCGCAUCACUCGACUCAAACUCCUCCUACAGAAUAUCCUGAAAAGAACUCAGCUCGGGUCUGAGGAGGAAGUGCAAGCAACGCAAGCCUAUGAUGCACUUGAAAAGCUCAUAAAGGAUUGCAAUGAAAAUGUCCAGCGCAUGAAGAGCACUGAAGAGCUGAUCUACCUCAGCCAGAAGAUUGAAUUUGAGUGUAAGAUAUUCCCACUCAUCUCACAGUCGAGGCGACUUGUGAAGUGUGGUGAGUUGACAGCACUGGACUUCAACAACCUGAGUCCAAAAUGGAAAGUCACCUCCCGACCCAUCUACCUGCACCUUUUCAAUGACUGUCUGCUCCUGUCUCGGCCCAAGGAGGGUGGACGCUUCGUGGUGUUUGACCACGCUGCUUUCUCGUACGUGCGUGGGGAGAAGUGUGAGAUGAAACUCCAUGGGGCAAACAAGAAUCUGUUCCGUCUCUUUCUGCUUCAGAAUAACCAGGGGAAAAGAGUGGAGUUCUUGUUUCGGACAGAGACACACAGUGAGAAGCUGAGGUGGAUCUCUGCUUUGGCUCCUCCACGGGGAGAACCAGAUCUCCUGGAAUGCCCUGAUGCACCACAGGUUCAGUGCAUAAAGGCUUACAAGGCUCGGGAAAACGAUGAGCUGGCUUUGGAGAAGGCAGAUAUCGUCAUGGUUAUGCAGUACAGCAAUGAUGGGUGGAUAGAAGGAGUAAAACUCUCAGACCGGGAGAGAGGCUGGUUCCCCUCAGAACAUGUGGAAAACAUCUCCAGCAAACAUGUGCGGCAGAAGAACCUGAAGGAGGAGCAACGGGUGAAGAAUGCCAAGCAGCAGGUCUUCUGCAAGAAAUAA